CAACAAUAUUCAACAUUCUUCAUACAAAAGAAUACAAAAUGCUUUUCCAACAACCUGUACAUACUGGCAGCAAUUUUACCAUUCCAUUUGAUGGAACCAUUGAAAAAUUCACCUCUACCUUUCCAAUAUCUUUAGUGAAUAGAGUACACCCCGAUCAAUUUCAAUCUACAUUAGAAAAAUGUAAUUUAGUGAUGAAGAAGCAUAUGGACAAGAUUAAAGAGAGUGAUAAGAAAGUGUUGUGGGUUAUGUUGGCAUUCAUUGGCUUGAUGAUAUUGUUAAUUUUAUUUCCAACUCUUUUCGUUACUGUCAUUAUUCCUGUUGGUGAUUCUGAUGCUUGGAUUCCUGCAGUUUUCAUUCCAAUAUUUGCAUGUAUUCCAAUGAUUGGAAUUAUUAUUUAUUCAUCUCGUAGAAUGCAACAAAUCAAAGCCAUGCAUGUAGAAUGUAAGAAGGAAGUUGAAGAGCUAUUGGCACAAGAGAAUUCAAUGUACUUCCAAUUUGGUGUUCAAUGGAUCUUGAGAUAUGACGGUAUUGAAGCUAUUGGCAAGGUCAGAUAUGGUGUCUAUAGGCAUUUAAAUACCAUGCCAAGCUUGGAGAUUUUGACCAAUCAAGCAAUGUAUAUGGUGCAACAACCUAAUGUUAUGGUGCAAGGUAGUUCUGACAUGAUGCCAAUGUAUCAACAACAACAAGCUAUUUAUGUAGUGCCACCAACUAGUCAACCACAACAACCAACAGUUUAUGAACAAGAACCACACAGUGUAACUUAUCAACAAGUGAAUCAAUACCAAAAGGAAAAUGAUAAUCAACCACUGUUAGGUAAUAGAGUGUAAAUUAUUUUUGUAAAUAAAAAUUGUAAAUAUU